AUGACUGUCGCCGGAGCGUCGACUGCUAUGUCGGCUUUAGCUACCAGGAGCUUGUCCGUUCUCAUUGUCCUGUUGGUUCUUCUCGGCGCGGCCUUCCACGGCGUUCUCCGCCACCCGGAUCCUCACCGAUGCCGGCAACUUCUCGAGGAUGGCAGCUGGCUCGAGCCGCUCGAUGUCAAUGGCACGCGGGCGCCGUUCAAGAACUGGCAGCCUCGAGGCUGUAAGCUUCGACAGUACUCCAAGGAGGACAUUCACCAGUGCAUGGAGCACCGCCACAUGGUCUUCUCAGGGGAUUCCACCACCCGCCAGGUCUUCUGGGCCAUGGGUCGCCUGCUGGACAGGGACAAGGCCAACGAACGCCGCCGCGCGGCUGGCAUCCACGAGAGCUACGACAUGGAGUUUGAUGGCAUCCGCAUGUUGCAGAUCUGGAACCCCUUCCUCCAGGUCGGCGAAGAGACCAAGGAACAGCACGACUUGACGUAUCAACUCAACCUGUGGCAGGAGGAGAAGCAUAACAACGUCCCGGUUGCCGACCAGAAGAGCGCCGCCCUCGUUCUUCUCGGCUUCGGUAGCUGGUAUGCCCUGACCAUGUUCCACGACGACGCUGUCGGCAACUUUUCCGAGGCGUUCCUCAAGGUCACCGACGUCAUGAAGACGAGCGACUUGCCGCCGUUUGGCUCUACACCCAUGGUGUCACGAGAUGGCCUGGGUAACGAGGUUUUUGUCGCCCCCGUCGCCCCUCCGUUUUACGACAAGCUGCCGCCGUACCGAACUGGUCCCAAGGGCGUUCACGAAGGUGAAGUCGAGGAUAUUGACAGGUUUCUCGACAGCGUCGCCGACGAGAAGCGAAUUCCCCUACUACGAGCUUACCCUGCCCUCUCUCGAGACCAGCCUGCGGUCAUGGUUGAUAUUGCCGACACGGGGUUCCAUGUCAUCGAUUCAGUUGCCGAGGUCAAGGCGACGAUCCUGCUCAACGCUCGCUGCAACGCCAAGCUCCACGCCCUCAACGGCUUCCCCUACGACGGCACAUGCUGCACCGACUACGGCCGCACCACGUUUGUACAGUCUGUACUGCUCGGUUUGGGCGUCCUGUACGUUGCAACCUGCAUCGUCUUGGAGGUCUUCGACAUGCUGGGUCGCAACGUCGGCAGGCCAUUUUUCGACAUGAGCGCAUGCAUGUUCGUCACGGCGCUGCUGGCUUGCUUUCUUGCGGACCGCACUCAGGUGUUUGCAAAGGGCAGCAAGGAGUACGUCGCUAGCGAGUUUGCCAUCCUUUCUUUUCUGGCUGCAGUUGCGGGUGUCGUCACCAUACGAAGAAUGAGCCCUCCGCGGUCCAACUCAUCCACUCCGCCCGCCGCGCUGGAAGAUGCGCCGCCCCUCUCUCGAGACCAGACCGACGAGUGGAAGGGAUGGAUGCAAGCCGCAAUCCUAAUAUACCACUGGACCGGCGCGUCCAGAUCCCUCCCGAUAUACAUCUGCAUUCGCCUCAUGGUGGCCGCGUAUCUCUUCCAGGUCGGCUACGGGCACACCGUCUACUUCCUUACCAAGAAGGACUUUUCCUUCAAGCGCGUGGCGGCUGUUUUGCUGCGGCUAAAUCUGUUGAGCUGCGCUCUGCCGUACGUCAUGAACACCACUUAUAUGCUGUACUACUUUGCACCCCUCGUCAGCUUCUGGUUCGCCAUUGUAUACGCUACCCUGGCCAUCGGGUCCGGCUACAAUGACACGAGCAACGCCGUCAUCGCCAAGAUAGUCAUGUCAGCGUUCGCUGUUGCGUCCGUCUUCUUGUUCACGCCGCUGUCAUCGUGGGUUUUUGCCAUCUUGCGCUCCGUCUUCCGAAUCGACUGGGACCUCCAUGAGUGGCAGUUCCGCGUGUCCCUCGACAUCCUCAUCGUCUAUGUCGGCAUGCUUGCGGGUAUGGCGUCAGUGCGGAGCAAGCUCUGGAACCGGUUGCUGGUUGGGACCAAGUUUUCUGGGUUCAUCGGGCUGGUCAUCAUGGCUGGGUACUGGUAUCUGAGCAACGGACACUUUGCGGUGAAGCAAGACUACAACUGGUGGCACCCUUACGCCUCGUUUGCCCCGAUAAUAGCCUUUAUCGCAGCUCGCAACAUCGCUGCCCCGGUACGAGUUUUCUACUCGAAGGCGUUUGCCUGGCUCGGCCGCUGCUCCCUGGAGACUUUUACACUUCAGUUCCACAUAUUCCUCGCCUCCGACACCAAGGGCAUCCUUCUCCUAGAUGGUCUGACGGGCGACGGCAGUCUUGCAGCGGACAGGUGGCGACACUUGGUCGUCAUUGUUCCGUUCUUUCUCUGGCUCAGCCACACGACGGCAGAGGCCACCGGGCACCUGACCAAGCUCCUCACGAGCACAUCUGCUGAACAGGACAAGCCCGAAGGUGCCAGCGACUCCGAAUCACUCCUGCCAGGGCCCGCCAGCCUGGGGCAGCUCAAGGUCCUGCCGAUAUUAGGACAAUUGAUGCCCAGAGCGGUGCUCAAUGACCUGAGGGUCCGGAUGACGGUGCUGCUGGUGUUGAUGUGGCUUCUGAACCUGCUGUACUGA